CGACCCAACCCAAUUAGAAACAAACCGUAGGGUUUAAUUUUUUGAAUGAGUUUGAAUUUAAUAUUUCUUAAACCAUAGUGCAUGAUUCGAGUAAUUAAAAUGGCUAAACUUGAAUCACCUGACACAUGUACACUCUAACCGCCACAUGUUUGAUGCUUUUUAAACGACGGGAUAUCCGCUUGCCGCUUCAUCAUCCACCCACGUGACUUAAUGGUUUAACAUUUAAAGCCGUUGGAUCGAUCUUCCAGCUUGAGCCCCAAGUUUGAAGUAACGUGGAACGCAAACACGGAGCAAACUUCCUCAAUUAUAAUUAUUUAUAUUUAUUAUUUUGUAGCCUCAAAAUUCAUGAAUUACUCUUCGAUUUUGGAUAAAGCCCGAUAAUUUGGUGGGGUUCUUUUUCAUAUGAUCGGCUGCCAAAAGACCAACCGAGUCACCAGCUGUUAACAGAGUUUCGAUCAAACUCGCCAGCAUCUACUUCUUCAGCCUCCUCGUCUUCUCCGCUCCCUUGCUUCGGAAUCGUUUCAUAAGGUAUGCGCUUUGGGAUUUCUUCUAAAAGUUUCUGAAUUUGCUGUGUUUCUGUGGAACGAUUGAUUGAAUAUCCGACGAAUUAGUUCACUUUCGAUUUUGACUUCGUGCUGCUUAAAAUUGUUCGCUCCUUUUGGAUGAGCGAAGCAAGUGGAAGAACAUAAUCCCUGGCUUGGUUAUUGGGGGUACUUAGUUUAUUGUUAUUCUAGGUGGGUAGUCAGUUAAUUGAGAUUCUGGCCUGGAAUGGAAUUGUAUGUAGAACUCGGAAGUAGAAACUUUUCAGGGUUUUGUUUGGCUGGAGGAAGUUUUGGGCUGACUAAUUACUUACUUUUGUUUUGAUGAGGUGCAGGAAGGGAAGAAGGGAUGGCUAAGAGUUGCUUCAAGCAAGAGCAUGACCAUGAGAAGAGAAAAGCUGAGGCAGCCAGGAUUAGGGAGAAAUACCCAGAUAGAAUUCCGGUCAUUGUGGAGAAGGCAGAGAGAAGCGAAAUACCAAACAUAGAUAAGAAAAAGUACCUUGUCCCUGCUGACUUGACUGUUGGACAGUUUGUUUAUGUUAUCCGAAAGAGGAUCAAGCUGAGUGCUGAGAAGGCAAUAUUUAUCUUCGUCGACAAUGUCCUGCCACCAACUGGUGCCAUCAUGUCUGCUAUAUAUGAAGAGAAGAAGGAUGAAGAUGGGUUUCUGUAUGUCACUUACAGCGGUGAGAACACCUUUGGGACGGAGAUUCAGCAGUAGAGCCAAGCCAAAUUGUUGCAGAGCUCCAUAAGUUUCACUGUUUAUCUGGCUCAGUUGCUUGUUUAGGUUUGGGGAUGAUGUUCAUUUAAUAUAUGAACACAGCUCGGUUGUGGAGACACUUGUGCAUAGGGUAUAUCUCUCUCUCUUGUAUAGACACUUUCAAGAACUUCUCUUCUCUUUCUCUAAUUGAAUAUUUAUGUCGAAAACAUGACUUGGCCUCUCCCUGGUGUUUGGCAUAAUGAUUAUCAAGAUGGAACUGAAUCACUUUCUGCGUUUGUUUUAGUUACUUGAAAAGAAAGAAGAAACACUAUUAUUCCUUGUGUGCUGUUGAGUUUUCUUCACAAGCGUCUUAUCUUAAGUUGAACUCAGUUGCGGGCCGCUAAUGGAGGCUCAUACGGGCUGGCCCAGUCUGGUCCCAGACUUUGGAUCCCAGAAUUGCCCUGUCUCCUGGUCGCUUUGGCAUAUUCUCAUUCUCGGUUCUCCAUACAUCAACAUUCAUCUAAGGUUUUGAUUCUUAACGCAAUCAUUUUAGCUUGGUGGGGACUGGUCAAGAACCAGCUUAACUAGGGUUAUUUACGUAUAUGUUAGUUGUUGGAAAGUGAUAAUGAUCUUUUUUACUUGUCGUAACACAUUAAUAUUUUACAUGAUAUCACCACAACCAUGGUAGAUUGACUAUGUUUAAAGGAAAUAUAUCAGUAUACAUAUGUUAUAUCCUUAUUCCUAGAACGCUACAGCCUACAAUAUAUGAAAUAUGGAGAUCCAUGACAUGGGUUGUGGGUGACGAGAUUGCUUUAUUGUAAAGGUAGACUUUUUCAUAUCAAAUCCAAAAUAAAAAGGACAAAGUUGC